AUGUUCACCCCAGAGCAACUCAGAAGUGCAGCAGAGGUUUUUAAGGCAAUGGCAAGCGGUACCCCACCGACCGGUCCCCGGCCAAAGCGACCCUUGAGCAGAGCCCACAGCCCGGUGAGAAAACUUCGUACAGCGUGGGCGGGCCGCCAAGGUGAGCGAUACCGGCAUGACCAAGAUCAGGUGGCGAAUUCGAAGACCCCCACAGAGCAGGUGGGGAAUGAGGAGGAAGAAGAGGAGGAGGCGCAGGAUACUGAGGUUCAGAAGCAUUCCUCCCAGCCGAGAAAUCGAAGUGAAUACCGGCGUAGAGCGCAGGUGUCGCUGCGGAAUUCACCCUUUUCCACUGCGAUUCUACAGGAGCCCAUGGAAAAACUGAAAAUGCCGACAUGCAGGUAUGACGGUAAGACUGACCCAGAGGAUCACCUAUCGGCUUAUGAGGGUCAUAUGAUGUUGUACACCGAUUCUGACUCAGUAUGGUGUAAGGUGUUCCCAUCCACCUUAACCGGACUAGGGCAAACCUGGUUUAAAAGCAUUCCGCCGGCAAUUGUGUUUGACUUCCGACAACUCACAUCCAUGUUCGUAACACACUUUGUCAGUAAUAAGCGUCGUGAACGAACAACCGACGAGUUAAUGUCUAUUAAACAAGGAGAGACGGAAAGCUUGAGGGAUUAUGUCGGACGUUUCAAUGUCGAAGCCGUCACCAUCCCGACACUGCAGCAGGAAGUAGCAGUGCUGGCCCUAAUGACGGGGUUGAAAGAAGAAGUCAUGGGAAAGGCUAAUGACUUCAUAAGGGGGGAAGAGUUUGACAAGGCAGCUAACGCAAAAAGGCCAGUGGCUAUAAAAAAAGAUAAAGAGAAAGACAAAGACAAGGAUCGCCGAGAUGACAAGUACCGGAAGGACAAAAAGUCCGAGUCAACCGGCAGAAAAGAGGAGAGCAACUCUGUGAAGAAGGGGUUCGAAGGAAGGCCAGACAAAUACAACAAUUAUACUCCGCUAACAAUAUCCCGGGCCCGGAUAUUUGAACUGCAUAGUAAGGACGAUAAGUGGCAAAGGCAGCGAAAAAUGCACUACAAGGGUAGGGAUAAGUCCAAGUGGUGUGAAUUUCAUGAUGAUUACGGUCACAAAAUAGAUGAUUGCAAGGACCUUAAGGACGGGAUCGAAGACCUCGUCAGGCGAGGUUAUUUUACCCAGUACCUAUCAAGGAACGAUCGCAAAACUCCUCCAAGGGAGGACGAAAAUGACAAUAGAAGACCGGUAAAAGACAGGAUCACCGAAAUCCACAUCACAAGCGGAGGACCAACGAGAGGCGGUAGUAUUCACGGGGCGAAAGCUAGCCUCAAAGAGGUCCGCCACCAGGUGAACUAUAACAACGCCAGAAAAUGGCCGGCACCUCCAUCUAUGCCGUCUGUAGCUUUUACUUCAGAGGACGCUAAGGGAAUCGUUUAUCCUCAUGACGACCCUUUGGUAGUAUCUCUGCAAAUAUCCAAUGCAAUGGUCCAUCGCAUUCUAGUCGACGGAGGAAGCUCCGCCAAUAUCCUCUACAAAGAGACGUUUUAA